UGCAGCACUAGCUAUUUUAUGACGGGAGACUUGGCAACACUGCUUAUCUCAAAAGAAGUAAAUUUGUUUAUUUGCAAAAGAAAUUGAACCAAUGGACCUGCAAGUGUUAAUGCAGCAAAUGUACAGUGGUGCGGCGGGCAUGCCGAUGAUGAUGCCGCCCCCGCACCUAAAUGGAUACGGAUACGGGCAGCAGCAGCAGCCCUUUUGCCCGUUUCCCCUCAACGGGAACGGCGACCAGGUUGUCGAGGAAGUGGAGGACGAAGACGAGGAAGAGGACGAGGAGCAGCGCACUCUGUUUUGCGGGAACCUCGACGAGCGCGUGACCGAGGAGAUCCUGUACGAGGUGUUCCUCCAAGCCGGUCCCAUCGAGGGAGUGCGAAUACCCACGGACAACACGGGAAGACAACGGAACUUCGGCUUCGUCACCUACCAGCGCCUCUGUGCGGUGCCCUUUGCCCUGGAGCUGUAUCAGGGCCUGGAGUUGUUCCAGAAGAAGGUUACAAUCAAGCACCAGGGCGCCGACAGGGGCAAGCAGCCGCCUGCAUUCAACCAGAGUCGCCUGCGCAACCCGUUCAUGCUGGAGCCACCUCCACAGGCGUCGCCUCCGCGCCACGGCCGCCACAGUUUGCAUGGCGCCAAGCCCUACGAUCGCAAUCCCUACGGAAGCAACGCAGACCAGCGGCGCCGCAGCGACAGUUCCGUGAUGGAACGCAACCGGCCGAGGAUGCAGCCGCAGCAGCACCACCAGCACAUGCAGGGCGGCAACAGAAGGUCGGAGCAGCGACACAACAACAAGCGCCGACUGCUUUAAGAUUGAACCAUGCUUUUAAUUAGCUUGUACAUAGAUUAAGAAUACAUCGGAGGACUGUUUAUAGUAAA